CGACAAAGCUUAGGGUUUUUCUAUCAUCCAUGGCGGAUUUCUUCUAGCUCUUUCAUAUUUCCUUUUUUAUCAAAAUCUCAUGAAUUUCAACGGUUUUCUGGACGACGGUUCCGGUGCCUCAAAGCUACUCUCUGAUGUACCGUACAACAACAACCACUUCUCUUUCUCCGCCGUAGACACCACCAUGCUCGGAACCACCGCCAUUGCUCCUUCUCAUUCUCGUCCUUUCUCUUCUUCAGGCCUCUCCCUCGGACUCCAAACAAAUGGAGAAAUGAGUAGAAACGGAGAGAUUUUCGAGUCGAACAUAAGUCGUAAGAGUAGUAGAGGAGAAGAUGUAGAAAGCAGAUCUGAAAGUGAUAACGCUGAAGCUGUCUCCGGUGACGAUUUAGAUACUUCCGAUAGACCUUUAAAGAAGAAGAAACGUUACCAUCGUCACACUCCUAAACAAAUUCAAGACCUUGAAUCGGUUUUUAAAGAGUGUGCACAUCCAGACGAGAAGCAACGUCUUGAUCUUAGCCGUCGACUUAACUUAGAUCCUCGUCAAGUCAAAUUCUGGUUCCAGAAUCGCCGUACUCAGAUGAAGACUCAAAUCGAACGACAUGAGAAUGCUUUGUUGAGGCAAGAGAACGAUAAGCUUCGAGCUGAGAAUAUGUCUGUACGCGAAGCUAUGAGAAACCCUAUGUGUGGUAACUGCGGCGGACCUGCCGUUAUCGGCGAGAUCUCCAUGGAAGAGCAACAUCUUCGAAUCGAAAACUCUCGUCUCAAAGAUGAGUUAGACCGAGUCUGUGCCUUAACCGGUAAAUUCCUUGGCCGGUCCAACGGUUCUCAUCAUAUACCGGACUCAGCACUUGUUCUCGGCGUUGGUGUUGGCUGUAAUGUUGGUGGUGGUUUCACUCUCUCUUCUCCGGUGUUGCCUCAAGCUUCUCCAAGAUUUGAGAUUUCUAAUGGAACCGGUUCUGGUUUGGUGGCUACGGUUAACCGUCAACAACCGGUUAGUGUUAGUGAUUUUGAUCAGAGAUCGAGGUAUUUGGAUUUAGCUCUCGCGGCUAUGGAUGAGCUUGUGAAGAUGGCUCAGACACGUGACCCGCUCUGGGUUCGGAGCUCUGAUACUGGUAUUGAAGUGCUUAACCAGGAAGAGUACGACACAAGUUUUACUCGAUGUGUUGGACCAAAACCAGAUGGGUUUGUCUCAGAAGCUUCUAAAGAAGCUGGAACUGUUAUCAUCAAUAGCUUAGCCCUCGUUGAAACCUUGAUGGACUCGGAACGAUGGGCGGAAAUGUUUCCAAGUAUGAUCUCAAGAACUUCAACCACAGAGAUUAUCUCUAGUGGCAUGGGAGGGUCACGAAAUGGUGCACUUCACCUGAUGCACGCAGAGCUUCAAUUGCUGUCUCCACUCGUGCCGGUUAGACAAGUGUCGUUCUUGCGGUUCUGUAAACAGCACGCAGAAGGUGUUUGGGCGGUGGUCGAUGUCUCAAUUGAUUCCAUUAGAGAAGGAUCUUCUUCCAGCUGUAGAAGGUUACCGUCCGGUUGCCUCGUACAAGACAUGGCCAAUGGCUGCUCUAAGGUAACAUGGAUCGAGCACACGGAGUAUGACGAAAACCGCAUCCACCGUUUAUACCGCCCACUACUCAGCUGUGGACUAGCGUUUGGUGCGCAUCGAUGGAUGGCUGCGUUACAACGUCAAUGCGAAUGUCUCACCAUUCUCAUGUCCUCCACUGUUUCCCCUUCCCCUAACCCAACCCCUAUAAAUUGCAAUGGGAGAAAAAGCAUGCUAAAGCUAGCGAAGAGGAUGACUGAUAAUUUCUGUGGAGGUGUUUGUGCGUCGACGUUACAGAAAUGGAGCAAACUUAACGUUGGUAACGUCGAUGAGGACGUUCGGAUAAUGACUAGGAAGAGCGUAAACAUUCCCGGCGAACCGCCUGGGAUCAUUCUCAACGCUGCGACGUCGGUUUGGAUGCCGGUUUCUCCACGGAGGUUGUUUGACUUCCUUGGAAAUGAACGGCUGAGAUCGGAAUGGGAUAUCUUAUCCAACGGUGGGCCAAUGAAAGAGAUGGCCCAUAUAGCUAAAGGCCAUGACCAUUCCAACUCUGUCUCCCUCCUCCGUGCCAGCGCGAUAAAUGCGAAUCAGAGUAGUAUGCUGAUAUUACAAGAGACAAGCAUAGACGCCGCAGGAGCGCUUGUUGUGUACGCGCCUGUGGAUAUCCCAGCAAUGCAAGCUGUGAUGAACGGUGGAGAUUCUGCUUACGUGGCACUACUUCCCUCAGGAUUCGCCAUUCUCCCGAACGCUCAGGCGGGUACGCAACGCUGCGCCGCAGAGGAUCGUGGUAACGGUAACGGAAACGGUGGGUGCAUGGAGGAAGGAGGGUCGUUAUUAACGGUGGCGUUUCAGAUUCUGGUGAAUAGUUUGCCUACGGCUAAGCUCACGGUGGAAUCUGUAGAGACGGUUAAUAAUCUGAUAUCAUUAACGAGUAUCGCCUCUGGACGCAAUUUCGUUUCUUCUGAUAACGUAGGAGAAACUGAGACGCCGAGAUCGAAGCAUAACCAGAAUCGUGAAGAAACAGAGUCUACGGAAACUACGUCGUACGAGAAAGAUUCUGUCUCUACCUCAGAGAACUCUGAUCAUUUACCAAAGGAAAUCCGUGACAUGGGAAUUGGAGAUGACAAGGAUAUGGAUUGUGGAAUCAUCAAGGGAAAUGGAACAGAAUCUGGACGGAUUAUUACCACCAAGAAGAAGGGUUUGAAUGAUCAAAAAGACAAGACAAUCUCGUACAGAGCUGAACAUGUAAUUGGCACUGGCUCAUUCGGUGUUGUCUUUCAGGCUAAGUGCUUAGAGACAGAAGAAAAAGUAGCGAUCAAGAAAGUGUUACAGGACAAGAGAUACAAAAACAGAGAACUUCAGAUCAUGCGAAUGCUUGAUCAUCCUAAUGUCGUUGAGCUCAAGCAUUCUUUCUUUUCCACGACUGAGAAAGACGAGCUUUAUCUUAACCUUGUUCUUGAGUAUGUACCCGAGACUAUUUACCGCGCUUCCAGAUCUUACACCAAGAUGAAUCAUCAUAUGCCUUUGAUUUAUAUUCAGCUCUAUACCUAUCAGAUUUGCCGGGCUAUGAACUAUCUGCAUCAAGUGGUUGGAGUCUGUCACCGUGACAUUAAGCCGCAGAAUCUUUUGGUCAAUAAUGUUACGCAUGAGGUAAAGAUAUGCGAUUUUGGGAGUGCAAAAAUGCUGAUUCCAGGAGAACCAAAUAUAUCUUACAUAUGCUCAAGGUAUUACAGAGCUCCUGAACUGAUAUUUGGAGCAACCGAGUACACAAGCGCGAUCGAUAUGUGGUCUGUCGGUUGUGUCAUGGCUGAGCUUUUUCUUGGACAUCCUCUUUUCCCUGGAGAAACAAGUGUUGAUCAGUUGGUGGAAAUCAUUAAGAUUUUAGGGACACCAGCAAGAGAAGAGAUAAAGAACAUGAAUCCUCGUUACAAUGAUUUUAAGUUCCCUCAGAUAAAAGCUCAGCCAUGGCACAAGAUUUUCCGGAGACAAGUAUCUCCAGAAGCAAUGGAUCUUGCCUCUAGAUUGCUCCAGUAUUCACCAAACCUGAGAUGCACAGCGCUUGAAGCAUGUGCACACCCAUUCUUCGAUGAUCUGAGAGACCCGAGAGCAUCCUUGCCUAAUGGAAGAGCACUUCCUCCAUUGUUUGAUUUCACAGCUCAAGAACUCGCUGGUGCAUCUGUUGAACUGCGUCAUCGCUUAAUACCCGAGCAUGCAAGGAAAUGACCAUUUGGGUUAAUGGCUGCUUCUCUACGCAGAUGUUGAUAUAUAAAGCUUUUUUGAUUUU